AUGCUACCAAGAUACAAUUCACUCCCUGGAAGUGAACAAAGGCAGCCUCCGCGUAAUAAAGGUACAUGGAAGUACAGUCUAUUCCCCGAGCACGAUCAAAAGAAGGUCUCAACCAAAACAAUUUUCACAGAUGAUUCAGAUGAUGAGAAGAUAAGCAUUCCACCAAAAUUGAGUAAUUUUGGAUCAGCUUUAUUAUCAGAAAAGGAAAAGGAAAAUAUUAAUGAAAAUGAUCUUUUCGAAAUGUUACCUAAAGAUAGUGUAAAGCCAAGUUCUUUGAACAAUGAACCAUAUUACAACAGUGUUAACCAUACUCCAGGAAAUACAUAUGCAUCGAUACAUUCCGGCGAUCCUUCACAAUCUACACUCUUUGCACAAUACAGGAGCCACCAGCAACCAAGUAUGACGACUAUGAACUCUACUGAUGUACAAGAUAAAGAUGGCAACGAUUUUGAAAACAGUUUCCAGAAGAUCAAGAGUAUGCAGCAAUCAAUGAGAGAAGAAUUGACAUCGAGGCACGCAGAAAGAAGAAGUAGAAGAUUUUUGAAUAGUAGUAGAAAAGAGUUUUUAGGCCCAGCUAAAAGAGCAUCUGCAAUCUUUCCAGAGGCUCUUGAUCGCAGAUUUUCGGGUACUACAAAUAGCAACGGUACCAAUGAUAACAAUAAUAGCACCGAUGGGCUCUUACAGCUUAACCGAGAAGAAUCACCAGAAGAGAAAUUGUCACUAUCAUCACAGGUAGAUCUUGGUGAUUUAAAUCCCGUCCAGUAUUUGAAAAAACACGAUUUACCUACAAGCGAACUGCCGAGAAUUUCAAGACUUUAUUUUGAAAAGCAGAAACCAAGGAAGAUGGAAUUAGCAAGAUUGAAACAAGAGAUUCUACGUGAGAGUCGGACUAGCAGUAGUGGUAACAAUGGAAGCGGUGUUCAGCAUAUUCCAAUAAGGCGAGAAAAUUCUCUUUCAGCGGCUACGCAACCACGAAGAAAAUUAUCAGACACAUCUUCCAGGAAUAUUUUCCAGAGGGGCUUUUCAUCACCAGUGGCACGUUCAGUCGAUUCACAGAGAAAUAUUUUGUCUGAUAAAUCGUCCUUGAAACACAAUGAGUAUGAUUCUUAUCCACAUAGUAAUACCCUUUUGUAUUCACAUCGGAAAAGAGAAGCUCUUGCUAACAUCGAUGUAAACAGGAAUAAUAAUGACCAAAUUUACGAACCAGAACUUAAACGGUAUAAAUAUUUUGACGAACAUCAUAAUAAUAACAGAAAUAAUGACUAUGAACCAGAAUCUAAGCGCUACGACCUUUUUGAGGAUCACCGUAAUGGUAAUAAUAAUAAAGACGAAAAACCAAUUUCCUUGGAACGAUUGCCAUCAGAGGCUCCCCCAGUUGCAAUACCGAUUCACCCUUCAGUGAUUCAAGAAAACGAAUUUCAUCACAGAGAGGCACCAAAACCACCAGUAGUGAAAAAGGUGGAAAUUGUAGAACCUGAAAAGAGAACAGAUAGUAAGGGAAAGAGUAGUAAUGGUGAGGCAUUAACGAGAAGGAACGCAACCACUGUAAAUGAUGUGGAAUAUGAAAAGAUAGAACUAUUAGGAAGAGGUGGAUCCUCCAAAGUUUACAAAGUGAAGGACAAUAAUAAUAAGCUUUAUGCUUUGAAAAGAGUUGUGUUUGACGAAUUUGAUGAUUCUAGUGUAAAUGGAUUUAAAGGUGAGAUAGAACUACUUAAUAAACUUAAGGACAAGACAAGAGUAGUAAAGCUAUUUGAUUAUGAAAUGGAACAUGGUGUCCUUUAUUUGAUAAUGGAAUGUGGUGAUCAUGACCUUUCCCAAAUCCUAAAUCAGAGGGCUGGUAUGCCCCUAGAUAUCGAAUUUGUGCGAUAUCAUGCAAGAGAGAUGUUAAAAUGUGUUAAAGUGGUUCAUGAUGCUGGUAUAGUUCACUCAGAUUUGAAGCCUGCUAACUUUGUGUUUGUCAAGGGUAUCUUAAAGAUCAUUGAUUUUGGUAUUGCCAAUGCAGUACCAGACCAUACGGUAAAUAUCUAUCGUGAAACACAAAUUGGUACACCAAAUUAUAUGGCACCUGAGGCGCUGGUCGCAAUGAAUUAUACGGGACAAAAUGACGGAGACAAAUACAAACAACAAAAUCGAUGGAAAGUUGGGAAACCUUCUGAUGUCUGGUCUUGCGGUUGUAUUAUUUAUCAAAUGAUUUAUGGUAGACCACCUUAUGGCGGGUUCCAAGGUCAAAACAGAUUAUUAGCCAUCAUGAAUCCUGAGGUGAAGAUCAUUUUUUCUGAAAAAACGGCUAAUGAUGAAGCUGUUCCCCGUUCCAUAUUGGACACUAUGAAAGCUUGUUUGUUAAGGAACCCAGAUAAAAGAUUGACAGUUGAUGAAGUUCUUGAUAGCCCUUUCUUAAAACCUGUGAUGGUCACUCCUUUCUUUAUUCGCGAUCUGAUUAAAAACGCUGUCAGAUACGGGGCAGAUCAAAAGGAAGUAUCCAAAGAGAAAGUGGAAGAGCUCGCUGAUGAUGUACUAGGUAAAUUAGCAGACAUCAGACUGUAA